UCAUCCGCUGGUUUUAGUAGAUGGCCAGCAGAAGGCCCAGUGCCUCAGAUGAGGAGCUCAGAGAGCUCAUCGCUAGGCUCCAAUCCGGUCUUCCCGAGACACACCAUCGUAGCAGGAAAGGAGCUUCAGCUGCAUCGCUACUGAAGGAGACGUGCGAGUACAUUAAGAGCCUUCACCGGGACGUCGACGAACUCAGCGACCGCCUGUCGGAGCUGGUGGCAACCAUGGACGUGAACGGCGCACAGGCCGAGAUCCUGCGGAGCCUCUUCCGUUCCUGACCACCUUCUGCUUCAUCUUCUCAGCUCGGCAGAGAUCGGCAUCGCCAUACAUGUAGAAUGCACCUUAAGCCAUAUCAGAUCUAACGACUGUAGGUAGUAUUUGCUUCUAUUUUCGUACACUACAUUCACUGUGAGGUCCGGCUCGAGUUGCUUCAUCUAUAGAAGACCCGAGCGGCCACUACUUCGAACGGACAUUCAUGUACGCCAUGCGGCUUCUACUUGGUCUCCAUAUAUAGUUUAUU